ACUAUAUCAACUUUCGUAAAGAGUGCGUGCGGGAUGAAUAUGUUUCCUUUUUCAUCGAUAAUUUCUCUUCAUAUCGAUUAAUUUACGUUUUACCAACACAUCAUUAUUAAACAACAUGCAGAAAACAAAUCGCCAUAAAAUAAGUGAAGAGGAACUUCUUAAGGUUAUUCAAAAGAAAAGAGAAUGCAAUUCAAAAGCGCAAGCCAUAGUAGAGUCCCUCUUGGAACGAAAUAUUGACAAGAAUUAUUUCUUGAUGCAUUUGAAAGAUAUCAAUCAGAGCCACUAUGAUGAUGUUGUAGACGAACGGCACAUUCUUCUGUUAUGUGGUUAUCCUCUAUGUCGAAAUAUAUUAGAAAACAUACCGUCUAAGAAGUAUCAAAUAUCAACAGCUAUAAAUAAGGUUUACGAUAUAACGGAUCGUAAAAAAUACUGCAGCUCUCGAUGCUUUAAGGCUUCCGAAUAUAUAAAAUCCCAAAUAUUAGUUAGUCCUCUUUGGCUGCGACAAAACGAAGUUAUUCCGCAGUUUAAAUUAUUAGAAGAAAUAAUUUAAUUAACUAAUAUAUUUAUCAUUUAAAAAAUGAUUUUAAAUUCAUGCCUUUAACUGAAUAUUUAGUAUAAUGUACUUUAAAUGAAAGUUAUUAUGGUAGCAUAACUUCGUAAGCAGUGCAACAACCAGAAUUUUACAUGUUUAUUGCUAUGGAAGCAGUCUAUGGAACGGAAACAACUCUUUUUAUGUUUCUAGAGCGACCACCAUAAAGUUAAAAAAAUUUCAAAAUAAAUGUAUCUUCACUAAUUAA